AUAUCACCGCGCACAGCACUGAUCGAGUGUAAAGAUGUAGCCCAAUGACAGUGUUCAUGUUAAAAACCAACAUCAUCCUGGGCAUAAAGCAAUAAUUCUCACGCAGACUCAUUAUUACCAUCAGCAGCGAUUAAUGAACGGUUUCAUAAAGCAUAGUUGGCCUAUGCGUGCUGCGCAUGCGCACACGCACCGACGACAGUGAGGAGGACAAGUGGCCGAUGUACAUGAGGGAGACACGACUGCAGCGGCGGGACUGGGUCUGCUUCUGUCGGAGAAUGCCACUGCUGCAAGGAACCUCUGAGUUAUCCUCCAGCUGUAAACAGUCGGUCGCUCCUCUCGUCAAGUACCACAUCUUCAACCUCGAGUCCUAAUUCUUUUCGGGGGUGGAGGUGAGGUGAUCGUCUCGUCAAAACAACCUCCAGGCAGGAUGCCCCCCGUGACGAACCACCACCACCAGCCGCCCGCCAGCGGAGCGGUUCUGACCCACACCAACGUUACCAUGGGGUCCUUCAAGAGGAGGAAGAAGAAAUCCAUCACUGUGACGGUGAUGCUGCUGAUCGUCUCCAUCCUCAUCCUCAUCUUCGGCCUGGCCGCCACCACCAGGACCCAGAACAUCACCGUGGGGGGCUAUUACCCAGGGGUCAUCCUGGGGUUCGGCUCCUUCCUAGGAAUCAUCGGGGCUCAUCUGAUCGAGAACAAGAGGCAGAUGCUGGUGGCGUCCAUCGUCUUCAUCAGCUUCGGCGUGGUGGCGGCGUUCUGCUGCGCCAUCGUGGACGGGGUGUUCGCUGCCAGGCAUAUCGACCUGCGCCCGCUGUACGCAGGCCGCUGCGACUUCCACUCCAGUGAAACCUCAUCCGAGCGUGACGUGCCAUGCCCCACGCCCUCCAAGAUGUCCUGCAAGCUGAAGGUGAAGGGAAACACCUGCUACUGCUGUGACCUCUACAAGUGUGGGAAAGAGCAUCCUCUUAUGGGACAGCAGAAUAAAGAUGUUUUGAAAAAGUUUAGGAAAUCCUCCAUGAUUUGGAAGGCGAGCCGCGUGGAGGUGAUCGGGGGCUACCACGAGUACGUGGACGUGAAGAGCUGCCAGGACGUGGUGCACCUCUACCACCUGCUGUGGUCCGCCACCAUCCUCAACAUCGUGGCGCUGUUCCUGGGCAUCAUCACCGCCGCUGUGCUGGGCGGCUUCAAGGACAUGAUCCCUAACCCGGCCUCAGACGCGUGUGAGCCAGAGGCCCUCCCGGCCCCGGCCCCCUCCCAGCCCGCGGCCCCCAGCACCUAUCUCAGCUCCUACUACAGCACCACCCCCUGCCUGCCGCCCUACACCGCCUACGACCUGCAGGGCUCGAGCACCCUGCCCGACUCCUCGGGGCUGUCCGACGAGUCCCAGUCGGGGGCCAGCCACAUGUGGCCCACGAUGGUGCCCCCCCGAUACUCCCCCCCGCACUUCCCCCCCGACGAGAAGCCGCCGCCCUACAGCCCCUGACAGCCCACCGGCGCUGUGGGCUGGGGGGGGGGGCGGCGCUGGGGGGGGGGGAGGAUACUCGUGACUUGCUUCACUAUAGGAGCAAUAAGUGUAAAAAAAGAAAAAAGAGAAAAGGGCCUGCCGGACAUCGGGGCGACGAGAGGGGUCACCGUGUCCAUCUGCACGGAGCGCCGCCGACGGCGCCCGCCCCGGACCACAGCCCCGCCCCGACUCAGCCGCCCUGGGGAGCGGCGAGGAGGUAGGUUAGGUCCGGAGGCCACUCCCCUGCUAGGGUCCUCCAGCGCGUCGACGCACGCCCCCAGAACCCGAGGAGCCCCCGGCGCCCCCAGAACUGUUUACACCUCUGCCUUAAGACGACUGACUUCCGGCGAAGGCCCCCCCCCCCCCCCCUGGAUGGACCCUGUCCAUUGACUCGGCUCUCGCAGUGUGAAGCUCACCCCCGUGCGGUUCGCUGGUUGAUGUUCCUCCAUUGCCUCUUCCCAACCGGUGACAUGACCUGGUGAGGGUGCGGACGCUAGGUAGGGCGCCGUGCGUUUCAUCUGCACAGGCGUGAAGAAGCACUGCCGUAGGAGCGCUAUGACAGCCGGGGGGUUCCCGCCUUCUGGCGGUGAUCGAGCCUAGCAGCUAGAGGGAACUGAAAGCUGUACAGAGUUCUGCGCCCGUGUAGGUUUCUUUAGAGAGGGUGAAGAGUGUCUUCCACUGGAACCCAACCAGUCUGUGUUAGCUGUAACGUUAAACGCCACACGCUUUUUUCAACACGUAGAGUGGCUCCUUCAAGGCAUAAAGCUUAGUAUCUUAUAAUCCACAUGGCCUUACUUAGUCAAGUAUAUUUAGUAAUUACGCGACCUGUUUUCCACUCAAGGGUCGGACUGUGCCACACUCAUUGUAUUUAUGCGAUCAGUUGUGGGCUUUCUCUCUGUAAAUAAAUGAAGCUCAUGUCCUUUUCCAGUUGGAUAUCCCCCUCACACCACUACGAGGCUGUGGGUGGGUUUGGGUGUAGUCCCAGACAGCUCUAAGUAGGCAGUGGUACUUUCUGCCAACAUCACUGGGGAAUGCUUUUAUCAUUCAGGCUUCUUAUCGUUUGAAGAGCACUCUCUCAGGGUCUGACAAAGUGUUCUGUUUCUUUGCCAUUAAACUUUUAUGGAACUGUAUUGUUUUUCUAAAUAAAGUGUCUGAACUA